UAAUAUUUGCACUCUUCAUUCCUAAUGCUGGUUUAUGGUUAUUCCCCAGAAAUUAUUAUCAAAAAGAUUAGUGAUAAAUAAUGAAAUUAUCUUUAUUGUAGUUUUUUCAUCACGUAUAGCUUAGGAACCAUUAACACGGGACGAUUUUGAGCCGGUAUUGCACCGUGUAAAAGACCCAGGGGGAGAAUUACCAUUGCUCAAGUUAUAUUGCGUGCGGUGUGAUAAAUAUGUCGCACUUCUACGUGAGAGGUUUCUGCCUCUGUGAAGUUGUAAGAAGUUUUGUAAUUGAAACGAUUGCUGGUGCUGUGAGAAAAUGGAGAAAAGUCAAACUGGAAAAAUUCACAACUAAUCCAAAGUCAGAAGAGCAAAACCGUUCACAGCUUGUUGCCCUGGAUACUGCUCAAGCGGAUGGCUGAGCCGCUGAAGUCACUCCCACUGCAUAGCAGCAGAAGGCUUAGUGGUUGGGAUCUUUAGAUUGCGCUCACAUGUGUAACCCAGGCCAAAACCAGGAAGUGAAGCAGGAUGAAGCGAUGCAGGGAGCUGAAACCACAAGAUCCAUGUAUCCUGUGGACUUGUUAGGAUUCGGCAGGCUGGAUGUGGAUCCUCUGUGUCAGCGAAGGAUUGGCGUGGACCAGUUCUAAGUUGCUACUGGUAUUCACCAGAGCCCGCCGCAAAGCGGGAUGGUCUUGCUGCGGCGGUAGCAACCAGGUCGUAUCCACCGGUAACGGCUCAACCUCGCUGACUGCUGAGAAGGCGUGGGACAGAAGGACUAGACAGAGGCGAGGUCAGACGUAGCAGAAGGUCAGGGCAGGCGGCAAGAUAUCGCUGUCCAGAUAUCAAGCCGAAGAAGGAAAGUACUGCCGGAUCACCUGUGUGUUCUUCGUGGACGUGUUGUGAAACUCGUGGUACUCCAGUGCCCAGGCGGGAAGGAGAUAUUUACAAAAAGAACAGUUCCCGCAUCUGUAGUUACCAACUGGACUGGAUUCAUUCAACCAGCUUCUAACUCAGUCUGUUCGGUUACAUGAGUGAAGAUCUUUAGGAACAAGAACAUUGGAGCAGACUUAAUUUUAAAACAAUCUUAACAUCAAGAUGAGUGAGAAGGAUGGAAAUGCUGACAACUUGUUCCUAAAAGAAGACUCAGCAAAAGGGGAAAAAGCUGAAGGGCGUGUGCACAGCUGGCAGUAUGCUAUGAGAAAGAGAGCAUCACGAACUGGGAAGCAAAUGCGCAAAGUGACAUUGGGAAGUGUUCGUGGAUUCCUUGUUCGAAAUGCUUUUGUGAUUCUCACAGUUGCAGCUGUUGUCCUGGGUAUUGGUUUGGCAUUUGCCCUAAGACCCUACAAGAUGUCUUACCGGCAGAUAAAAUAUUUUUCUUUUCCUGGAGAGCUGCUCAUGCGGAUGCUACAAAUGCUAGUGUUGCCUCUUAUAGUGUCCAGUUUGGUGACAGGUAUGGCAUCUCUAGACAGCAAAGCCUCCGGUAAAAUGGGCAUGCGAGCAGUGGUGUAUUAUACUGUAACUACCUUCAUAGCUGUUUUCAUUGGCAUUGUCAUGGUGAUCAUCAUUCAUCCAGGCAGAGGCAGUAAGGAGAACAUGACAUCCCAAGGAAAAAUUGAAAGAGUACAGGCUACAGAUGCCAUUUUGGAUUUAAUACGGAAUAUGUUUCCACCCAAUCUCAUAGAAGCCUGCUUUAAACAGUACAAGACCCAAUACCAGACAAAGGUUUACAAAAUACCCACUCCACCUGAUCAGAACUUUACAGUACCAACAGAACAGCCCACUGAAGCAGUUAACAUCAGUGACAUAAUGGAAAAUGUUACGCGGGCUAUGGGAAGACUUCAGGAGAUGAUGGAAAUAGAAGAAGUAGUACCUGUUACAGGUUCAGCAAAUGGUGUAAAUGCUUUGGGCCUGGUAGUCUUCUCCAUGUGCUUUGGACUAGUCAUUGGAAAGAUGAAGGAACAAGGAAGAGCUCUGAAGGAAUUCUUUGAUUGUCUUAAUGAAGCCAUUAUGAGGCUGGUGGCAAUCAUUAUAUGGUAUGCCCCCAUUGGAAUAAUGUUUCUAAUCUCAGGAAAAAUCCUUGAAAUGGACGACCUGCUGGUUAUGGGUGGUCAACUUGGAAUGUACACUAUCACUGUCAUAAUAGGACUUCUCAUACAUGCUUUGGUGGUACUCCCGUUGUUAUUUUUCAUUGUUACGAGGAGGAACCCUUGGCCUUUUAUUGGUGGUUUACUUCAAGCCCUAGUCACUGCAUUGGGGACAUCAUCAAGCUCUGCUACCCUACCCAUUACUUUCAGAUGCCUGGAAGAAAACAACAGAGUAGACAAGCGGGUCACUCGUUUUGUGUUGCCUGUGGGAGCCACAAUAAACAUGGAUGGAACAGCUUUGUAUGAGGCACUGGCUGCCAUUUUUAUUGCACAAGUAAACAAUUAUGAAUUGAAUUUUGGGCAGAUUAUCACCAUCAGUAUCACAGCAACAGCUGCCAGCAUCGGAGCAGCAGGUAUUCCUCAAGCUGGCCUGGUUACCAUGGUUAUUGUGUUGACAUCGGUAGGACUCCCCACCGAGGAUAUAACACUCAUUAUUGCAGUUGACUGGUUUCUUGACCGUCUCCGUACAACUACCAAUGUCCUUGGAGAUUCUUUAGGAGCUGGCAUAGUUGAGCACCUUUCAAGGCAUGAACUUAAUAAACAGGAUGAAGAACUGGGAAACUCUGUACUAGAAGAGAGUGAGAAACCCUAUCAAUUAAUCUGUACAGAAAAAGACAUUCAGAAACAUCCUAAUAGUGAAACUUCUAUUUCUUGGGUCAAUAUUUUGGAAAUUCAACAGAACAUAUAACAAAGAUGAAUGGACCUGAAUGUGGAAGGAGCUUUGUUUUUGACUGAUUUUGGGUUUUUCUUCAAGUGCUGCAUCAAACCAGCAAUACUACAAACACAUCAUAAAGACUCCUGAAAAGGAAUGAUUAAAAGUAUUGCUAGAAAUCCCAGGGAGUAAAUAAUUUGUAUUGUUUAGAGGAAAGUUCCUUGAAUAUCUUACAUUCCUAGCUUUAUUUUCUGAAUGAAAAUGUAGUUUAAAGGGAAUCUGUCAGCAUUCAUUUCAUCAUAAAACUGACUGUAGCACAUAAUCAGUCAAUUGUAAAUGUUUCCUACCCGACCCGGAUAUCUGAAAUUCAUUUCGACAGACACCAUCUAAGAACAUCAGAACAUCAUGUCCCUACUCUUCUAUGCCCAUUGAUGUAUAACACUUUUUGAUUUGUCAAUUUUUCCUCAAUAGGUCUGACCAUAUCUAUGACUAGGUGAAUAGUUCUCUUGAGGUGCCCACCCACAAGACUGCUUGAGGCUCAUUGAAAUACAGCACAUGCAACCUCAAAAGUUAAAUCAUAAUAAUUCACCCUCACUUGUUCGUAACAAACCAAAUUCACGAAUUGGCAGUUUCACUGAACAAUGGCAACUUCACUGUUGAAUCAACAACUCAUUUGUAUUCAUAACUGGAUUUACAUAGUAAGAUAUGAUAUUCCAUAUUUAAAGGUGUACUCCGGUGGAAAACAUUUUUUUUUUUAUUCAACUGGUGCCAGAAAGUUAAACUUCUAUUAAAAAAUA